AAAAUAGUAAUAAUAAUAAAUAUAGUGAUUUUUACUCUAAAUUCAAUGCCUUCAAAAUUUGUUAACGGAAACGGUUGUCGUAUUCAUGAUAAUCAAAGAAAGGAUUAUUUGCAACAAUUUCCGGUGACAACGACUAAAAGGAGAGGUCCGAUAGCGGCCGAGUUUUCGAGUCCCGGUCCCGCUAUUGUAUUGUUGCCCUCAACUUUUGGUUCAAAUAGUAGAGAUGCCCGGAAAAAGACAUCUCCAGCCUAUACUUUUGGUGCAAAACAAAAAGAAAAAAGAGAUAUUAUGACACCAGGUCCGGGAGAAUACACUGUUCAAGGAGUUACCCGAAUCGGUAAAGAUUGGACACCAGCGGCUUUUGUGGGCGCAAAAAUCAAAGAUCCCGAACCAUUCAAUACUCCAUCGCCGACACAGUAUUCACCAGAAAAAAGUAUUUAUAAUGCAAAGGGAAAACAGGCGCCCAGUUAUUCAUUUGGUUUUAAACCAAAAGAUAUACAAUCAGAUAUAACGCCGUCGCCCACGGCUUAUAACAUUCCCGAAGCCGAGGCCUACAAAAUUCAAAAGCAACCGAUGUAUUCGUUUAGACCGAGAAUAGAAAUGCCCGGCGAUAAGACACCAAAACCGGGACCCGCAGACUAUAAUACCGAAAAGGUAUGGAUCGAUAAGACAAACUCACCGAACGUGUCGUUUGGAUGUAAGUACUCUCCCCAUGCAAUGAGCUUUUGAUUGGGACAAACAAAUUGGAUGACUACCGGUAUAUCAACAUUUUAAUUGAUUAUAUUAUUAUUAUAAUUUGGACCAAUUUUUCAACGUUUCCUAUAUAUAU